GGGGAUGUCAGAACACAUGAUACGCGUUUCAGGUCCCUGUAUUAAUACCAAGGAACCCUAUUUUCUUUUGCCACUUGGGUCUCUGAAAAAGAUAUUCCAACACCAUGGUGAGGGCACCUUAUUUUGAUAAAAAUGGAAUAAAGAAAGGUGCAUGGAGUGAAGAAGAGGAUAAGAGGCUCACAGCUUACGUUGAGAGACAUGGACAUCCUAAUUGGCGUCAGUUACCAAAGUUUGCAGGGUUGGCUAGAUGUGGAAAGAGUUGCAGACUUCGUUGGAUGAAUUAUCUCAGGCCAAAUCUAAAACGAGGGAACUAUACCCAGAAGGAAGAGCAAAUAAUCACGGAUUUGCAUAAAAAGCUUGGAAAUAAAUGGUCUCUGAUUGCUGAAAAUCUACCGGGAAGAACAGACAACGAGAUAAAGAACUAUUGGCACAGCCACCUAAAGAAGUUCUCAAAGGGAAACGAGAACACCCCAUGUGAUGAUGAGUUGAAGUGCACUGAAUUUGAAAGGCCAAUGGAAGAGGGUCUUAGUGGCGAUUCCCACCACAUUUUGGAGAGUUCAGUGUCCAUUUCUUCUGAAACUUCCUACAGUGAAGAUAACAAUUCACCUUCAUUUUCCUCUUGUCACGCCUUGAACUUGUGCAAGGAAGAAGACAGUGUUGCUUCGUGGGAAACAUUCGAUGGACUUAGUAGCAGUUUUUGGACUCAACCCUUUAUUUCCGAAAACGCACUUAGCGAUCAGGACUACUUUCCCAUUUCCUCUUACGGAACAGAACCAUUUUUCUUAUGGUAGUGUUACCAAAUGCUCUUGCACUUUUGCUCCUAUGUUCUUAAUAUUUGAGGAAUUUUGGGGAACCUAGUCACCUGUUAUUUCUUCUGUUCCAAAAGAAGGAAGAAAAAAAAAAACAAAAGAGGUUUGUGUCAGCUUUGUUUUUCAGAACAAACACUGUUAAAGAGAGAAUCUCAUGUAUUUUAUACACGAUACUGUGAAUUACACAACUAAUUGCAUAUAAUUUUGAGAUAACA